AUGAAGGGUACUCUCGUGCACGGCGCGCGUGCAGGAGGAGGGAUCGGAUCUUUUUGCUUGGGCUGGACCGGGACGGCAGGGACAAAGUUGUUGGAAAGAGUUUGGGUGAAGAUGUUGGGCUUUGAGGUCAUCGCCCUCUGUCUGCUCUUUGGAGCUUUGACGCACGGACAGACAGAAUGCACCAAAAAAAAUGAAUGUCCCAUUGAUGUCUACUUUACAAUUGACACAUCUGAAACUAUUGCGCUUCAGGAGCCGCCCCCUGGAUCACUGGUGAAGAGUAUCAAGGAAUUCACGGAGCAGUUUGCUCAGCGUUUGGAGGAUGCUGAGUUCAGAGAAGCAGUUAAAAUCAGCUGGAACGUGGGAGGACUUCACUUCUCCCAGAGACAGGAAGUGUUCAGCCGCAUGGCGUCCAAGAACGAGUUCAUUGCUAGUAUUUCUAAGAUCCGCUACCUGGGAAAAGGCACCUACAUCGACUGUGCGAUUGCGAACAUGACCCAGGAGAUGCUGCGCUCUCCCACAUACCCCAAGUCCUUACGGUUCGCUGUAGUCAUCACUGAUGGACAUGUGACAGGAAACCCCUGUGGAGGCAUCAAAGUGGCAGCAGAGAAAGCUCGUGAUGAGGGGAUCCGCAUCUUUGUUGUGGCCGCCUCGAAGAAGGUAGACGAGAACGGUCUGAAGGAGAUCGCCAACUCUCCCGCUGCAGUGUACGUGCGAGAUUUCAUGGCUGUGGAUCUGAGCCAGGGGAAGUCGGUCAUUCACACCCAAACCAUUGACCGAAUCAUCAACACUAUGAAACACUUUGCCUAUGUUGAGUGCUACAGCGUGUCCUGUCUGGAGACACCUGGGCCUCCUGGUCCAAAAGGCCACAGAGGACAGAAAGGAGCCAAAGGAGACAAUGGUGAACCAGGGCUGAAGGGAGAGAGCGGUCGCCCUGGAGACCCCGGUAUUGAGGGUCCCAUCGGACAACCUGGUAUCAAAGGAGAACCUGGUCUAAAAGGCGAUAAGGGAGAAAUGGGUGCACAGGGGAAGAAGGGAGCAGAUGGUAUCCUAGGGCGUGACGGAAGAGAUGGACAAAAGGGUAAAAUUGGACGCAUCGGUGCCCCUGGCUGCAAAGGAGACCCAGGCGACAGAGGAAAUGAUGGUCACCCUGGGGACGUAGGUGAGCGUGGUCCCCCUGGAACUGAGGGGGAAAAGGGAGAUGCUGGGCGCCCCGGAAGAUCUGGUCCACCUGGCCUUGCCGGAGAUCCUGGACCAAAGGGAGAGAGGGGAGGCGCUGGAUUACCCGGCCCCCAUGGACAAAAAGGAAAGCCUGGGACCGCUGGAAAACCUGGACCUUCAGGAGAGCCAGGAAGAAGAGGAGAUUAUGGAAUAAAAGGCGCUGAGGGGCCACCAGGUCCUCUUGGUGAUAAGGGUGAAAUGGGACCAGAAGGAUUGAGAGGACUCCCAGGUGAAUCUGGAAUCAAAGGGACGAGGGGCGACCUGGGUUUGCCUGGACCGAGAGGAUCACCAGGACCCCCUGGAGAUGCUGGUCGAAAUGGAACCAGAGGUGAUCCUGGUGAUGUCGGACCAAGAGGCGAACCUGGUCCUGCAGGACCAAAGGGAGAUGCCGGAAGACCUGGAUUUAGCUAUCCUGGACCACGAGGGCCAACAGGAGAAAAUGGUGACAAAGGAAAUCGAGGGCCACGUGGGGGCAGAGGAGAGUGCGGGCAGAAGGGAGAACCAGGGGAUAAAGGCAUUCCAGGACUAGGAGGUGAGGCAGGACCUCACGGUGAACCUGGACCAAGAGGUCCUCGAGGAGAAGGGGGUCGUGAUGGGGAUCCUGGUUCUGAGGGAGAUCCCGGUCUCACAGAAUGUGACGUGAUGAAUUACAUUCGAGAGACGUGUGGCUGCUGUGAUUGUGAGAAACAAUGCGGAGCCCUGGACAUUGUGUUUGUGAUCGACAGCUCAGAGUCCGUGGGUCUGACCAACUUCACUUUAGAAAAAAACUUUGUCAUCAACACUAUAAAUAGACUGGGAUCCCUUGCCACAGAUCCCAAUUCUGAGUCAGGCACCAGAGUGGGAGUUGUUCAGUACAGUCACAAUGGGACAUUCCAGGCCAUUCGACUCGACGAUCCCAAGAUUGAUUCUCUUUCUGCUUUUAAGGACGAAGUGAAGAAGUUGGAAUGGAUUGCUGGAGGAACUUGGACUCCCUCCGCCCUGAAAUACGCUUAUGACAACCUGAUCCGGGACAGCCGCAGAGCCAGAGCCAAUGUGACUGUGGUGGUCAUUACUGACGGACGCUUUGACCCCAGAGACAAUGACACACUGCUCAAUUACCUCUGCAGUGACCCCCGUGUUGAUGUGAGUGCUAUCGGCAUUGGAGACAUGUUUGAUCAAAUCGAGGAGAAUGAGAGCCUGAAGAGUAUCGCCUGCCAGCGAGAUGGCAGAGUCUUGGGAAUGAGGCGCUUUGCUGACCUGGUGGCUGAGGAGUUCAUUGACAAGAUUGAGACGGUCCUCUGCCCCGAUCCCGUUGUGGUGUGUCCUGAUCUGCCUUGCAAAUCAGAGCCGGCUGUUGCCAGUUGUGUCCAGCGGCCUGUGGAUAUAGUGUUCUUGUUGGACGGCUCAGAGAGGAUGGGGCUGGAGAACCAUCGUCAGGCCAAAGAAUUCAUCGAGAACGUGGCUCGCCGCCUCACGCUGGCCAAUGGUCCUUCGGACCAAAAGAACGCCCGCUUGGCCUUACUGCAGUAUGGCAGCCCCACGGAGCAGAGAGUGGAGUUCCCCCUCACACAUAACCUCACUGUGAUCUCUGAUUCUCUGGCUGGUGUCAAGUACAUGGACUCCUCCUCAGCUCUGGGCAGUGCCAUCAUCCAUGCUGUCAACAACCUGGUCCUCUCACAGCGAGAUCGUGUGGCCCGUCGUAACGCUGAAGUAGCCUUCGUCUUCAUCACUGAUGGCAUCACCUCCAGUGAGCAGCUGGACGAGGGCGUGUCAGCCAUGAGGAGGGCAGAGGGCGUGCCCACGGUGAUCGCCAUGGGAACAGACACAGAUGAGGAAGUGCUGCGGAAGGUGGGACUUGGAGACAUGACGACUAUUUUCAGAGGAGCCGACUACGCCACGUUGAACAAACCAGCAUUCUUUGAGCGCUUCUUCCGCUGGAUAUGCUAG